CUCCCCUCGCUUCGCUUUCCUCUGGACCGGAUGUGUUUUGUCCCUCUGCGGCUCCAGUAGCAGCUCUUCCGGUAGAGAAGCAGUGCGUUAGCGGUUUAAGUGAAGGUCGUGAGUCCAACCCGUAAUCCACCAUGUCUCUGCCAAAGCCUGUGAUGAGGGGGAUGCUGGCAAAGCGUCUGAGGUUUCACCUGCCCAUCUCUUUCGCUCUGGCUUUUGGGGCUGCGAUACUGUUCAAGUACACAGUGACGGAGCCCAGGAAAAAGGCCUACGCUGAUUUCUACAAAAAUUACGACUCAGUCAAAGAGUUCAACGCCAUGAGGGAAGCUGGCAUCUUCGAGAGCGUGCGGCCUUCAGGAGAGUGAAGCCACUCUCUUUUUCCCCGUCAUUGGUUCCUGGUCCUAGGAUGAAGUUUCUUCUCUUUGAUGUAAUUUACUGAUCAGAUGUGAACUUCGCUUUUUCUGUUUUCUUCCUCUGAAUAAAAUAUUCUAUUAAUGUAAAAGUUA